GAAGCAGAAGAAGAAGAAGAAGAAGAAGAAGAAGAAGAAGAAGAAGAGUAGUUGUGCUUGUGGUUUGUAGUGGACGGUACUCUGGUAAUAACGUUCUACUGUUUUUAUAUAUUUUACCGAGGUCGAAGCAUGCCGCAGCUUUCUGAAAUAAACAUGACAGACAUGCGCAGCGCAGAUAGCCUGUGGUCCGCUGCUGACGUCUGGCUCAAGAAGCCACAUGUAGUAAAUAAGAGGCUGUGUGGCGUAACAGAGACGGAGUACAGGGACGUGGACACUGCGGAAUUAAUUCAGGUUUUAUCUCCUCUUCUGGGAACCAGUAUUAAGAUUGCUGAUAUUUCUGUGUUUCUUCACACUGAUAUUGUGGAUAAGGAGCAUGAAACUGCAGGACGCUGGUGUGUUGGAGUCAGAACUAUUAUUCCCAAAGUGAACAAGACAGGAGAGUGUCUAUACAAAGAGGUUAUCAUAAAAGAUAUUGUUGGGCAUGCAGUGACAUUUAUCCCUUUUGAAGAGACUGAUGUGGGACAGGUUACUGUCAAGAGCAGUAACAUUUAUCAAAUCCAGCUGCAGUUAAAGCCAGAGGAAUGGAUGUUGUCUCUUCACGCUCUGACGCCUGAGCAGUGGUGCAGUGAUGGAGUAGCUUACCCUAAACUCUCGUGGCUCUGUACUAAACUCUUGCCUAAACUAUCACGCUGGGCUCUGGAGAGCAAGACCAGUGAGUUUAAGAGCACCCUUUCUCUCAUACCUGUGGAGAAAUACAGUAUCCUCUACCAGCAGCUGAAAGAAAAAUACAAAGAGUUAGUAAAG